AUGGCUCAUUCCCCGCCCUCUUUACAGAGCCUGUUGCGAUUUCUAAAGCAGGCACGUCAGACACAUCUAAGUUUUAUAUCUGGAGCGUUGUCAUCCUCCUCGCGGGCAGAGACUCCCAUCUACGUGGUGGGAAAUCCGUCUGCCGAUCUUGACUCCGCCAUCUCCGUCAUUGUCUAUUCUUACUUUGCUCAUAAUCGCAUCCCGAUUGAAUGCCCUCGACCUCAUGUUCCCCUGAUAAAUCUACCAAAUGUUCCCUCUGGUCCAGAACUGCGCAGACUCCGUCCAGAGUUCGUAAAGGCUUUCUACCUCGCUAUUACAACCCCCUCAGUCGAGGGAGAGGACGCAUGGGAUGAGACCCCCGAAUCAGCAGGAAGGAUCCUCCACGAACACAUUCUCACCGUUGCAGACUUUGCAGCCCAUCUAAGGCAAUAUCAUGCUGAGCCCACGGAACAUCGGAUCACUGCAGAUGCCACACUCCUGGACUGGAACGCACUACCCCACCGAGCGGCCGACGGCCAACGGGGAAAAGGAUCGAUAGAUGGCUUGCCCUCCGUCGACUUCUGCACGGUGGGCUGCAUCGACCACCACGUGGAUGAAGGCUUUCUCCCGCCCGUCGAGUCUCUCCCACACGGUCAGCCGCUGCUUGUGCGGCCCGCGGGCUCCUGUACUUCGCUUGUGGUCUCGACACUGCGAGAGCUGGAUCUCUGGCAGGCUAACACUGAAGGCAACGCCACCUCAACUGAGACGAUGCAACUCGCCAAGCUCGCUCUAGCCCCUGUUCUCAUUGACACGACCAACCUUACCGCCAAGGACAAAGUCACCGACGCCGAUACAGACGCAGUACACUUCCUGCUCUCGCAAAUUGACCAGUGCAAGUCUACACCCAGUUCAAACUGGAACCGUGAUGCGUUCUACGAGCAGAUCCUCCACGCCAAGCAAAACAGCCUCGAUCUACUCACCGUAGACGAAAUCCUCGGCCGAGACUACAAGCAAUGGACCGAGACGGCCCACCAGGACUCUACUUCCAUUCAGAUCGGCUUCUGCUCGAUGGUCAAGUCGAUUCCAUGGAUCGUACGAAAAGCAGGCAGCCCCGAGGCGUUCCUGGAUGCCUUGCAAGCGUUUGCAAAGCGCCGCAAACUAGGUAUCGUGGUAGUCAUGACGGCGUUUACCUCGUCUGCGCAGGACGGCAGGUUCUGUCGCGAGUUGGUCGCCUGUGCUCUACACGAUGGGGCGGCGGUUCAUGCGCUGGAAGCGUUUACUGCGCAGGCUGGCCCGCAGCUGAUGUUGCAAGAAUGGAACCCGGUCGAGGGUGACUCUGAGGGUUAUUCGCAGGCUAUCAGGUGUGCUUUCAACAGUGAUGCCCCGGUAUGGAGGCGUAUCUGGCUUCAGAACGAUGUGACCAAAAGCAGGAAACAGGUCGCUCCGUUGGUCAGAGGUGCCGUUACAGGUCAGUGA